GGUGCUUUUAUAGUUACAAACUGAGCUUCACAACAUGGAAAGUGAUGGUGAAAUGGAGAUAGAUAUCUGCUCAAGCACACCUUGGAAUCUUUUCGGAUGGCAAAAAGGGAUGAGCUUUAAGAGGAAUUUUAAUAAUGCCCUUUUCCCAAAUUCCAAUCCAACGGAAGCAGAUAACUUAGACGCUUCUGCAACUCUGACCGCUGACGCCGUUUGUAUAAUAAUAGUGGUUCUUGUCUUUAUUGUUCUUGCUGUGAUGGGAACUUCCAUCACUGCAUAUGAAAUUUUCUGUGAAAAGAGUAGAAAAGCAGAAAGAAGAAGAAAACACGUUAAAGAAAGGAAAGCUAAGAAUGAAGAAGAAAAUGUGACGGUUUCAAAUAAUCUAGAAGAACAACUCAGAAAAGUUGGGUUAAAAGACCUAUUUAACUCUAUGGCGCAUUUUCGUGUUUCGGAGAAGAAAUUUAGCAGAGAUUCCCACAAAGAACAAUUUAAUUGCAUAGACAGAUUACGAUUCUUCGGUAGCAUCUGCCUCAUUUUUGCUCUCACUUGUUUGUUUUAUAUUUUUACAAAAAUUUUUCCAGAAAAUAUGGAGGCUGUAAAAUCCUGGAUCUCAUGGUGGAUAUCCCAGUUUAUGCCCAAUUCAUUUUUCAUAUUGGAUAGAUUUAUUGCGAUGAGAAUAGUGGCUCUCGUAUUUGUUGUCCUUGUUACGGUGAGAAGCUCUAUCAAUGCAUUUGAAUUUUUCUGCGAAAAGAAAAAAAGAGAAGAAAAAAGAAGAAAGUAUGUUAAAGAAAAGGAUGAGAAGGAAGAAGAAAAUAAAAAAAUUUCAAAUGGUUUGGAAAAGCAAACUAGAAAAGCUUGGUUGAAUGACAUAAAAUCUUUUCUCACGUGUUUUUGUGUUGUGGAGAACGGGAAGAAGAUAUUUAACAUGAAUUCUAGCAAAGAACAGUUUGACUGCAUACAUGGAAUACGAUUCUUUAGUUGCAUCUGGAUCAUCUUAGCUCACACUGGCUUAUUUUAUCCUCUUACUAUAAAAAAGGUGGAAACUGUGAAACCUUGGACCUCUCUGUGGAUCACACAGCUUUUUCUCAAUUCUAUUUUUCUUGUGGAUGGAUUUUUUGUAAUUAGUGGUUUUCUGAAUGGAUAUUCGUUUUCUAAAGAUUAUACUAAAAACAAUGGCAAAAUUUCUAUUUCAUAUUUCUACAUUAAAAGAUACAUAAGACUAACACCUGUAUAUAUGAUAGUGUCAGGAAUUUUCACACUUUUUCUAUCCUCUUCAUGUGGAGGUGCUUAUAAUUCCUGCUCUCAAUUACAUUCAGCGUGCAAAGAAUACUGGUGGUGGCACUUGCUUUAUAUAAAUAAUUUUCAAUCAUAUGCGAAACAGUGUAUCAUAUGGGGUUGGAGUCUUGCUCUUGAAAUACAGUUUUACAUUGUUAGUCCUAUAUUUCUGAUUUUAUUACUCAGACGACCAAAUUUAGGGUACAGUUUCACCAGCUUAUGUAUCGUUUUGUCAUGCUUUGCAAGAAUUGCCAUAACGAAGCACUGCAAUUUAGUGGAUGGUAUUACAAGAAUGAGUUCUCAUAUUGAAGAAUUGGGACAUUUCUUUUACAGAGCUUCUAUAUAUUUUGAUAAGUUUUAUCAACUACCUCACACAAGAAUAAAUUCUUAUUUAGUUGGAAUAUUGUUAGGAUAUUAUACAUAUAAAAGAAGAAUGAAUGGAAAGGACAUGAACAUUAGUAAAGUGGCAUUGUAUUCAGGAUGGAUUGGUAGCAUUGUCUUGAUAAUGGUUUCUUUUUUUGUCAUGUACAACAGAAAAGAAGAUGUAAUUGAAAUCGCUAUUUAUAAUGGAGUGAAUAGCUUACUUUAUGCUGCUGGAUUCGCUUGGAUACUUUAUGUUUGUGUGAACGGCCAAGGAGGUCGCCUGAACAGCAUACUUUCCUGCAAGGCUCUAUUCCCAUUUUCCAGAAUCUCUUACUGCUCGUAUCUGAUUCAUCUAAUUCUUGUGCUCAGAUUUUAUCAUGCUUCUCCGGAUGUCGAAGAAUAUUCUGUUUUAUCGGUGAUGUGCCAUUUUCUUUUCGUAUACGUCUGGACAUUAAUAUUUUCCCUGAUUGCAUCGUUGCUUUUUGAAUUGCCCACGGGUAAUCUACUCGACUUUAUCAGAAAGAGAAGCCGCACACAGAAGAAUCAGAAGGGAAUUGAUUGCAAUUAGCAUACAAAGAGAGGAAGAGAGACACAAACAUCUGUCCAAAUACUUGCUCUACUGUAUUUAAUUUUCUCGAUGUAAUUUUGCGAAACAUAAAUCUUAUCGAGAUGCAAAAACUAUG